CUAACGUAGACGUAACCUGAAUAUAACGUACUCAAACUCCAUUUCUCUUUCUUCGUAAGAAAAGCUCCCUAGUCCUUCAAAAAUAUGUCAGACGUUGAGAAUGACGAUGUGCCUUCUGCAAUGGCAGCAGGAGGUGCAAUGGAUAUAAAUACAGCCCUUCAAGAAGUUCUUAAAAAUGCACUUAUUCAUGAUGGUGUCGUACAUGGUCUUCAUGAAGCUGCCAAAGCACUAGACAAGAGGCAAGCCAUGCUUUGCAUUUUGGCAGAAAAUUGUGACGAACCUAUGUAUAAGAAACUAGUACAAGCAUUGUGCAAUGAACAUCAGAUUCCCUUUAUCCGGGUAGACAAUAAUAAGAAACUAGGUGAAUGGGCUGGUUUAUGUAAAAUUGACUGCGCUGGUAAAGCUCGAAAAGUUGUUGGGUGCUCCUGUGUUGUUGUAAAGGACUUUGGAGAAGACACUCCUGCAAAAGACGUGGUAAUGGAAUAUGUGAAACAAAGCUCUGUACAUUAAGAUCUUUUAAUUAAAUAUUUAAUAUAAA